CAUUGGCAUGGGGCCAAUAUGGGCCAAUAGGUGGCGGGCUAAGCGGAACAAGUUUCGUACACACGUGUCUCUUUCCGUCUGUCAGCAACAGGAAACAUGAACAAAGCGCUGUUAGCUGCAGUAGUGCUGAGUACGUGCUGGGCUCAGCAUCAGCAUCAACAGCCUCAGAUGGGAGUACCUCAAAUGGGCGUACCUCAGGUUGGAGGGCCUCAGAUGGGAGCUCCACAACAGCAGCAGUAUAUGCAACAGCAAUAUGGGACGCCUCAACACCAACAAGGCUACAUGCAGCAGCCUCAACAAGGGCUGGCUGCCCAACAGGGAGGCAGCUUCAUCCACAACAAGGCCCACGUCCAAGAUCGCGCCCACAUCCAAGAACACCUGAGUGAAGUCGUCGGCAACAACCAGGACCUGAGCAAAAUGUCAGAGGAAGAACUUCAGUUCCACUACUUUAAGCUCCACGACAGCGAUGACAAUAACAAGUUGGAUGGAUUAGAACUGAUAAAGUCCCUCAUCCACUGGCAUGUCGAGGAAAGUAAACACAUUCAGCAGCAACAAGGACAACAGGCGGGACAACAGACACCACCUCAUGUGCAACACGGAACUACCAAACUCUUCACGGACCAGGAACUGUCCGCCCUCAUCGACCCCAUCUUGGAGAUGGACGAUCGGAAUCGAGAUGGAUUCAUAGACUAUCCAGAGUUUGUGGCUGCACAGAAACAGAGAGGGUUUUAAUUUACGUAGGAAUUUCAUGGGCAAAAAAGGGAUACCAUUCAAGUACUCCGGCAUAACAAGUCUUGCGGAAGCAUUGAAUAGCACGGUUGUUUUUUUGGAGACGUCGAAGGAGACAUUUUUCUAGGGGGACAACAAAGAGGUACAAUGGGCCAAAUGCUACCCACCUUUUGGGUACUCAGCCUGAGAGUGCCAGUUGGAUGUGAGAAAUUGGUUGUGUUCAACAGCUCACGAAUUUCUCCAAAAUGAGAUUUUUUUAAAAAUAGUUUCUACAACAUUUUUAUAUAUGUCUACUUUAGCUAACGAAUGUAUGUCUUCAUCUCGAUGUGAUUUGUUACGAAUCUGUUAUUUUUGAGAUCUGACUUAUUUUUUGGAUUGUCUAUUCCAUACGUUACAACAACAAAUUUAUUUUUGUGGCAAUGAUUUCAUUGCAAGGAGGUGCCCCAUUGGUCGCAGUUAUUUGCUCGAUGAGCCUUACACAGGUCAAGUGCACAUUCUACUUAACAUUCCAGAUAUGUGACAACACUUAGGGAUGGCUGAAAGAUGGCAGAGAGUUCCGUGGAAGUCCUGCUGUGAUAAUUUACAAAUUGUAUUCGAAACAAAUUAAAUCUUUAUCGUUGA